AUGUUUUUUAUACUUGAAGAAAAUCCUUCUGCACCUAAUGAAAAAGAUAGUGCACUCUUACGUGAAAUACAAAAAAGAAUGCGUAAUCCGAAUAAAGUUGAGCCUUUAGAAAGAUUACCAUUCCCUCCAAAAUUUGAUGAAACUUAUGUUGAAGAAUUAAAAGCUAUUGGAAGAACUUAUCCUAUGACGGAAAUUUCAAAACACAUUGCUGAAUUAUGGAAAAAAGAACCUGAACAAGUUAGAAAUUAUUAUAAAGAGCUUGCUAUUAAAGCUGCUAAUUUGCAUCAUCAAAAAUAUGGUGAUAAUGCUAAACCUAAUGAAUCUAAAUUGAAAAAACCUAAGAAACCUAACCAUGAACCUAUAACAAAAUCAAUAAAGCCUACGGAACCAACAAUAUCAACAGAACCUGUACCACCAUCUCCUACCGAAAUAAAAAGUGUUGCGAAUCCACCAUACUUGCUUCCACCUUAUUCAUUAUACUAUGAUAAUAUUUUAGAUGAACCUUUACCUUACGGUUUUUUUCUUGGCGAUGCCGGCUAUUAUAAUGAAGAACAAUCAUUUUUUUAUAAUGACGUACAAUCAAUUUUUUGUAAUGAACAACAAUCAUUUUUUUGUCCACAUGUGAACACAAUGAACAUAGAAUAA